AAAAAAAAACACUGAAAUUGUGUUAUUGCUAUUUUUUAUAAGAAAAUCUUGAAAAUGUUUAAAUUAUUAUUUCGUGCAGUUGCCAGACCUGGUGUGAACUGGAAGAAGUUGCAUACCUCUAUUCCGGCUCUUUGCAAACCGAAACCACGGGUUAUACAGAAUUUUAAAGACAACGUUCAUCCAUCUGCACAUAUCAAAAUAAAGAGCAAUGUAUUUACUACUAUUGAUUCCUUCAGUAUACAUGCCAACCUUAACUGUGAUGACUUCCAGGUGAAUCUCUUUGACAAGUCAUCAGGAGCAGAUGACGGGGGUUGUGAGGAGGAUCGCAAAGCUGAAGCUUUUAUUUGUGUCGAUGACCAGAAAGAGAAUGUUGAAGUGAACAUUCAAAAAAAUGAUGAAAAUGCUGAUAUUUUAUGCGAAAUGCACAUUCCGCAUAAUUGUUCCAUAAUCAUUAACUCUACCGAUUCAGUUUCAAUUGCUAGAAUUUUUGGUAAUAUACUAACCGUACGUGCUGAAAAGAAUAUAAUGCUCAGAACAGUACGCUUUCAAAAUAUGCUGAUUUCAACUGAAUGUGGUACAGUAACAGCCGAGCAUGUUCUGCUAGGUGGAGUUAUUAAAAUAGAUACUAAGGACUCCAACUGUAUAUCAUUAGGCAACGUAAUUGGUGCUAAGAUGUUCUGUAAAACUGAUGCUGGGAAUAUUUCAACAAAGUCUUGUUUUGUGGAAGAAUCAAAUUUCGAAACUAAUACAGGCAACCUCACUCUUAAUAAUCUACAUAAAUCUGCUAAGGUAACUGCUAACAAGAAGUCAAAUAUUGAUAUUAGAGGCUUGCGUGGAAGGGUUCAGGUACUUGGAAAGUCUACCGGUAAUUUGAAUAUGCAUAUGUCCAAAAUUAUAGGAGAAAGUUGCAUUAAUUGCGACCAGUUCAAGAACGCCACUGUAUUUGUAUCGGACAGUAUUCUUAAGUCGGUUGACAUAAGCGUGGUUUCUGAUUGCAUUACUUUGGAUGAAUCGUUAGAGAAGCAGAGUAAGGGUUUAAGCAGCGACAAGAAGAAGUUUGAUUCAAAAGGUAAAAAAAGUAAAGGUAAAAAUAAACUUAUUAUGAGCACAAAGCAGGCAGCUAUGAAAAUGGGCACAAUAAGUUGGCCUGAAAGUAUUCUUGAACUAAAGUGUUAAAAUUUACAAAUUUUUUCAAUUGUUGAUGUUUUAUAUAUCUGAUAUUAAAAAUAAAGUAUUCACUUAACAAUUCAUUGUGCAAAUAAG